AUAGAUUUGCAGAAGUAAAAUUGCAGCAGAUUCAAACCACUUCUGAGUGUGUUGUCUGUCUGUCAUUUGCUGAAUCCUUGCCUUCAUGACUACCCAAUCCCUGAUUCUCCUACACUCAUGGUACCCCUGAUGGGCCAGUCCGUGGCAGAGGGAACUCAGGCAGAAGUCACCAGGAGUGACCUCACUUCCUUAACAAUGACCCAACAAUGCAGAACCCUGCAACCAGGCAGCCAACUGCUUAGAGACAGCCUAGCAGGCUCAUUUGUCCUGAUACUCUAGUCAGAGCAAGAUGUUUUCUUGUUGUUUUGGAAUUACUCGAGGCUCAGAACCUAAGAAAGAGAAAAGAGGAGGCCAUGGUGGUACCCGGAGAUCCCGGGUUCACUCCUGGUUCCAACGCCUCUGGCCAUUUGGCCAGAGAAAAACAAACUCGACCCAGGGCAGCCAGGGCCAGGAUCACACAAACCAGGUUGCAAAGGAGUCUGCCCCAAAGGACCUGAAGGAGUCCUGUAGAAAGGCCCGCUUCAGUACUUUGGAAGAGGUGGUGAUUCACCUGGUGAUUUCCCUGCAGAUUGGGGACCCCUCGGUUGUUCUCACGUUCAUUUGCAUACAUCAAAGGUAUGCAUACUUCUACCCUGAUUGUGAAGAGGAUGAAGAAGUUAUGGACACCAUCUCCACCUUCCUGGAUAUACGGAUUGAGAAGUUCCAUGAGGAUUUUUGCCAGGCAUCAGUCCUGUCCAUUCUGAAACAAGUGAAGAACUACUUGAUUGUCAACAUUCCCCAUUCAGAUGUUCUCAUGCAUGUCAAUGAACUCCUGACCCAGCUGCAGACAGAAGUGGCCAGUAACUCAGAGGCCAGCACUGAGGAUGCCUCAGAGAUGCCUGCAUCAGCAGUACAUCCUUAGAUCUGGGGAGCCGAACAUGCACAGAUCUGGAGCUUGAGGUCUAUUAACCAACAAUGAAGACAGCUACACCAGAACUGGAGACCACAACACCCAGCAGAAGUUUCUGUGACACCUGUGAGAUGUGGCAGCAGCAGUUGGGUCACCACAUGGGUUAGCAGCUGUGGAUACCGAGUCAUGUCAUGAGUGCAUGUCAGCAGAUGCUGCAGCUUUUGCACAUCUGACUUUGCUGCAGUGCGUCUACCUCCCCAGGGAACGGCCCUGCCACCCGUUUCCCUUCUGCUGAACCAUCAGCACCUGCUCUGCAGACAGCACCAGUUCUGUGUUCCCCACAGAAUCCCUCCCGGAUUUGAACCCCCAGCCUUGU